AUGCCGCUCUGUCUCACCUACAUCGACUUGAAGAAGGCCUUUGACUCACUUGUGACGGAAGUGUUCGUGGAAGUUUUGGAUCACCAAGGCUCAGAACAGUCAGUAAAUCAUAAAGAAAUUAGAAACUUCGAGAAUUGUAGAGUAACCUCACGACCACAUUUUUGCCAUUCUACAAGAAUGUCAUCACUGACACGUAGAGAGGGGUCCGAGAGGGAUACAAUCCCACCUGAAAUAUCCAGGGCCACUCUUGAGUGGUCGAUGCAAAAGCUGGAAUGGGACGACACGGGAGUGAAGGUUGGCGAUCAACAGCUACUCCAUUUACGCUUUGCCGAUGACAUCUAUCGUCAGUCAAGCGGAGCGAAUGCUGGCCGAAUUCGUUAA